GUGAACGUUGAUUAAUGUGACUUCCCUCGGAGAGAAAAGGUGCAGAGUAAAGAUUGAGAACAAGGAUCGUUGUAAUAAAUGUCCUCCACGCAGAGCAGCUCCGCGCUGCUGCACUGCAACACACACAAAAAACUAGCUUUUUAUGUGGCGCUCAUUGUUGAACUUUUUUCCCUCUUUUACUUUGAAAAUAUCGACAAAUGAUUAUUGCAUUGCUUUUUAGCGACGUUCAACUUGUUUUUUUCUCAAUGUGAACUGUGUUGCGUUGCCUUCUGCUGCCUUCGGCUGCGAGGUCCUCGUCCUGAAAUAAGUGCACGCUGCGGGGGACGCAUCUCAAUUAGAAAGUUCCUCACUCCUCUGAAAUCUGAGGCUUCCACAACGUCGGACAUUUUUUUGUUUUGUUUUGCAGUGUGCGAUGUUUUGUCGGAAAACUCUUGCCACGAAAAGGGAGAUGUCCACGAUUCACACCAUCUUGACCGGAUCAGGUUGAUAUCAAAAGUGAUAAAUCGUCCCAAACUUUUUUUUCUUUUUUUUCUGUCACUUGCUGCCGGCAGAUCUCGUUGCUGUGCGCAUGUGCGAAGGUGUCCAGACUGACAAUGCUGGAGAGAUAGCGCGUUUGGAUUGAGAAACCCGGCGAAAAAAGGACAGAGAGAAAACAAAAAAGGACGAAAACAAAACAACAACAACAAAAAAAACAUCCAAGAAAAAAAUCCAAACAAACCUACUCCGAGAGACCGGCACCAUGAGGUCCAAAGGCAGGGCACGGAAACUGGCCACGAGUGACUGUGACGACGACUUUGCCCUCUACCCAUCCGACAUCUUAGACGAUGUAUGCGGCUCUGAUGUCGAUCCCGCGCCUUCUUCGGCCCUGGCAGAGUACCCGCCGUCCCCUCUGCUCUCGGAGGACGAGGCUUCACCCCAGCACCCCUUGUCGUUCCAACACCCGGGCAUCUUUUCGCCCCAAGAGGAGCUGACCACCCCCCUGGACUUUGAACUGCGAGAGUCGGCAGUCGCGGGCGGGGGCCUGGGCAUCUGGAGCCGCAGGAGGGUGAACGUCGGCGAGCGCUUUGGACCAUAUGAAGGAGAGCACACGCCUCGUCUCCGAGACCCGACUCAAGGCUGGGAGAUCUUGGACAGGUCAGGCCAUGUAAAAUUCUGCGUGGAUGCCAGCAAGCCAGAUAUCGGGAGCUGGCUGAAGCACAUCCAGUUUGCCCCUGCGGCCAAGCAGCAUAACCUGACCGUGUGCCAGAUAGGCGACCAGAUCUUCUACAAGGUCACAAGGGAGAUCUUCCCCGGCGAGGAGCUGCUACUUUUCAUGAAGGCUGAAGAAUAUUCAUGUGACACCAUGGCUCCUGAUAUCCACGAAGAGCGGCAGUACCACUGCGAGGACUGUGACCAGCACUUUGAGUCCCGUAACCAGCUGCUGGACCACCAGAAGCAGCCGUGCGGGAUGCCCCCCUCCUCCUUCCUUAACCCAGGAGGGGACAGCGACCUGCAGGACCAGGAACCUCAAGACCUGCGACCCCUCCUCAUGUCUCAUGGUCUGCAAGAGUGUAAGGAGUGUGACCAGGUCUUUCCCGAUGUCCAGAGUCUGGAGGCCCACACUCUGUCCCACUCGGAGGAGAGGGAAUACAAGUGUGACCAGUGUCCCAAGGCCUUCAACUGGAAAUCCAACCUUAUCCGACAUCAGAUGUCGCACGACAGUGGCAAGCACUAUGAAUGUGAAAACUGCUCAAAGCAGGUGUUCACAGACCCCAGUAACCUACAGAGGCACAUCCGCUCGCAGCAUGUCGGGGCGCGGGCCCACGCCUGCGCCGACUGCGGCAAGACGUUCGCAACGUCCUCGGGCCUCAAGCAGCAUAAGCACAUCCACAGCAGUGUCAAGCCCUUCAUGUGUAAGUCACUAAGACCCUACCUAUGCGAGGUAUGCCACAAGUCCUACACCCAGUUCUCUAACUUGUGCCGCCAUAAACGCAUGCAUGCCGACUGCCGCACGCAGAUCAAGUGCAAGGAUUGUGGGCAGAUGUUCAGCACCACAUCCUCCCUCAACAAGCACCGGCGCUUCUGUGAAGGGAAGAAUCAUUUCACGGCAGGGGGAUUGUUUGCCCAGGGUAUGCCCCUGCCUGGUGCUCCUGGCUUGGACAAAUCGUCCCUGGCAAUGGGCCACAGCGUUUCUGGGCUGGCUGAUUACUUUGGGGCCAGUCGCCACCACAGCGGGCUUACCUUCCCUGCUGCUCCAGCGUUUCCCUUCAGCUUCCCCGGCCUCUUCCCCUCUGGACUCUACCACCGGCCCCAACUCAUUCCUGCCACCUCUCCGGUCAGACAACCCACCCAUGCGCCCCUCGCUGGUCCUGGUGCAGAGCUGAGUAAGAGCCCACUGCUGCCGCCGAGCCCGGGGCAUCAAGAGUCCCGGGAGCUCCUCAAGGCCCUACGUAAAGAUAGUGGUGCACCUGGCAACCAGAUGCCAGGUUCGGAGCUCCACGCCCAGAGCUCCUCGUCGUCCGCCAAGCAGCGGAACAAGCAGAGUGACCAGUCCGAGAGCAGCGACCUGGACGAUGUCAGCACGCCCAGUGGAAGCGAUCUGGAGAGCACAUCGGGCUCGGAGUUGGAGAGCGACAUGGACAGUGAGAGGGAAAGGGGGGCUGGGCGAGAAGCUGGCAAAGGCCCCAAAAGGAAGGCCGGUGAAGGAGCCCUCCAGAGCCCCGGCCUGAUAGACAGCAGUGCUGCGAAAGACUUUCCGGGCCCAGCCCUCAUACCAUCCUCGCUGGACGAGCACACGGCCGUAACAGGGGCCGUCAAUGACUCUAUUAAGGCCAUCGCCUCCAUUGCUGAGAAGUACUUUGGCUCCACGGGGCUGGCUGGCCUGCAGGAGAAGAAGGUCGGGUCUCUGCCCUACCCCUCCAUGUUCCCACUGCCUUUCUUCCCAGCUUUCUCUCCUCCAGUUUACCCGUUUCCAGACAGAGACGUCCGACCUCCAGCCCCGAAGGGCGAGCCGCAGUCCCCGGCAGACGACUGCAAGAAGGCACAGGGCAAAUCUUCAUCCCACUCGCCAUUUGACCUCACUACUAAGCGGAAGAUGGAGAAGUCCGCCACAUUUGCCCCCUCCAAACCAGGCACCUCCCACUCCAUCGGUCAGGAUCAGCCGCUAGACCUGAGCCUGGGGACCAGAGGCCGCGUAGGCAAUGCGAGAGAGGAGGAGACCAAGAACAACCUGGGCUAUGAGGAGGAGAAAGCAGUGGCGGAGAUCCCGAAAGCGGACACCUCUUUACAGCAUGCCAGGCCCAUGCCUUUCUUCAUGGACCCAAUCUACAGCAGGGUUGAGAAGAGGAGAAUGAGCGAUCCGUUUGAGACUCUGAAAGACAAGUACAUGCGGCCAACUCCGGGCUUCCUCUUCCACCCACAGUUUCGUUUGCCAGAUCAGAGAACUUGGAUGUCGGCCAUCGAGAACAUGGCGGAGAAGCUGGAGACGUUUGGCUCCUUGAAGCCAGAAUCUGGUGAUCUGCUGCGCUCCGUCCCCUCCAUGUUUGACUUCAGAGCCCCCCCCUCUGCACUCCCAGAGACGCUGCUGCGCAAGGGCAAGGAGCGCUACACAUGCAGAUAUUGUGGUAAAAUAUUCCCACGCUCUGCCAACCUGACCCGCCACCUCAGGACCCACACAGGAGAGCAACCCUACCGGUGUAAAUACUGCGACCGCUCCUUCAGCAUCUCCUCCAACCUGCAGCGUCACAUUCGCAACAUCCACAACAAGGAAAAGCCCUUCAAGUGCCACUUGUGCGAUCGUUGCUUCGGCCAGCAGACCAACCUGGACCGCCACCUCAAGAAGCACGAGAAUGGCAAUCUGUCAGGCACAGCUAUGUCGUCCCCCCAGUCUGAACUGGACAGUGGCAGUGCCAUAUUGGACGACAAAGAAGAUUCUUAUUUCAACGAAAUAAGAAAUUUCAUCAGCAACACAGGCCAGAACCAGGCAUCCCCGGACCCGUCGGAGGAAGGGUUGAAUUGCGGUCCAUUUGAAGAAGAGAAGCCGCUGAUGGCCAGCCAUGGGUCACACGACCUGGAAGACGAGGAAGCAGAGGAGCCGGCGGCUGAUGAAGACGAGGGCGUAGAGCCCAGCCUCGCCACUGUGAAACAGGAAGACAAGGUGCUUCCCGGCGGCCUCGGCGACGACAUCGUACAAGACGAAAUGGACUUCAACCUCAACUGCAAAACCUCUUCCCGGAGGUAUAAAGAAGAGGAGAGCGGCUACUCAGCCUUAGAUCAUAUUCGCCACUUUUCGGACAUGCGCAAGCUGGAGGAGAGUGAGCAGAGUGAAGGAGAUGAGGACGAUGGAUCUUUUGGCUCCCCCUCUCUGACUGACGCAGUCAAACAGCCCCUCUUUAGGAAAUCCAAGUCUCAGGCGUACGCUAUGAUGCUGUCUCUGGCCGAAAAGGACUCUCUCCACCCAGCGUCCCACACGCCGUCCACCAUGUGGCACAGUCUGGCUCGGGCUGCUGCCGAAUCCAGUGCCAUCCAGUCCCUCAGCCACGUAUGAUGAUGACGCCCCUUUGCGCUUAUCCUUUCACCUUUCAACCCCCCCUCCUCCACCGCCCCCUCCUCCAAAAACCCGACCUAUGGCACUGGGAGCCCAUUGCAGGGGCUGUGGCCCCUGAUGGUCCACAGAGUGACUGCUGAGCAGAACCACGGCCCAUCUGACUGCUGAGCCUUUACACACAAAGCAGGGUCGCUGCGCAUGCAGAACCCAGCAAGGCGUCAAUAACCUCCCAAACAGAUAGAGAGGAAAAUGUCCCUCUUAGACCUUCAAAUUUAGUUAUCCCGUUAACACCAACCAGGGUGAUAGCAAGGAUAACGAUUGUGGUGAAAAUAAUAAUAAGUAAUAAUAGCUGUAUUUAUUCUGCUGAAUUUCUAUGUUUUGCACAGCAAAGGCAGCUGGUGGACAUGGAAGAUAGAUGUUCUUAUUUCAUUGCUAAAUUGCAUUUAUUCCCCAGCACAUAGAAGACAAGGAGAACAUUUUAAGCUGAAAGCCUGCGUUGUGUCUCUGAGACGGACAGUUUCAGCCUAAUGUGUUUUGUUGUGCAUAAAAGCCCCGGCUCAUCUAACAGAAGUAUCUUUAACAUAUAUUACAAUAAUUCCCUCUAACCCCACAGAGAGCCACAGGUGUUUCUUAUGAAUACAUGUACUUGAUCAUAAAAAUGAAGGGUGGGGUUUGCAUCCUCAGUCCAAAUGUAAACCGAAUAAAUACAAAUAAAAAAUGUUAAACUGAAAUCAGGCCAGUUUCCGAUGUACGUUCCCAUAGCUGCGUGUGUCUACACAAUCAUAGCAUUGCACACAAGUGUCUACCAACUGUUCUCCACUGCACUCCAUCCUGCCCGCCUGCGCUAUCUGUGAAAGGAUAUAAAUAGAUUGUCUUUUUAGUGGAAGAGAAGAAAAUUCUUUUUUGUUUUACUGAAAUAAGUAGCCAGUGCUAAAGUUAAUUGUUGUUCUGUAAAGGGCAUUCGUCUUUUUCCAAACCCUUGAAUCCAUUCUAGUCGGCCAACAAUACCACUAAAUAGCCUGAAUGCUAGUCGUUAGCUACUCCAUGCUUGUGUGUCUUUCAUUUUUAGACAAUCAUGAUUUUGUUUUCAUUUUUUUUGUUGGUGUUGUUGUUGUUAUUUGCUGUUGUAUGUUGAGAAUUGUAUUUAUUUCUUGGCAAACUGUAGUUUGUUUACUGAAUAGCACUGCUCUUAGCCCGGGUGGAGGAUUCCUCACCGGGCCUUUCCCAGAGUUCAAUGGGGUUUGUAGAUUACAUUUGAGUGCCGGAUAGUAUUAAACAUACAAUUCACUCCUUAUUCUUCUAAUGGAACCGGUCGAUGAGUAGAUAUUACUUAGGUUUUUUUUUUUCUAUGACAAUUUAAUGAUGAAAAAAAAUGACAAAGAAUGAAUAAUAAAAAAAAGCCAGGUCUAAUUUCUCCAUAAACGCAUGAUUGGUCUGGUAAGAUCUGUAUCUGACAUUUUCUACGGUUGUCUGCAAGCUUGUGUGACGUUCGGUUCAUGUUAAUCCCUUGUGCCAAAUUUAUGAUAAAUAACAGAUUACUUUCAUUUAUUCUCCCGUUUUUAGGGACCAGAUUCUUUUGGUUUGUUUAUGUCGUUGUUUUGUUUAUAAUCGAUUUAAAAAGUAAUCAGCAAGUUGAGGUACUUUUGUUUUAAUGCUUUCUACAAUGUAACUGUUAUGCAUUUCAAUUCAAUACUGUGGGAGGAACAACUAAGAAAUAAAGGACUACAAUGUGGA